GUCAGCUUCAGUACGUAUAAACCCGCCCUCCCAGUCUACGUCCAUCAAACUCUUUCAUCCAUUCCACUCACUAACUGUCCUGUUGCUCAGCACCUCUACGCAUUUGGGCCGUAGUACCUGAGCAAUCUCAGAACUCAUCUAGUAUCUUACAAAGAAACUACAUUAGUUCAUACGAACUCAAACACCGCAACCAUGGGUAAGGAAGAAAGGACUCACAUCAACAUCGUCGUCAUCGGACACGUCGACUCCGGCAAGUCCACCACCACCGGUCACUUGAUCUACAAGUGCGGUGGUAUUGACGCUCGUACCAUCGAGAAGUUCGAGAAGGAAGCCAACGAACUCGGCAAGGGUUCGUUCAAGUACGCCUGGGUUUUGGACAAACUCAAGGCUGAGCGUGAACGUGGUAUCACCAUUGACAUUGCUCUCUGGAAGUUCCAGACUGGCAAGUAUGAGGUUACCGUCAUUGACGCCCCUGGUCAUCGUGAUUUCAUCAAGAACAUGAUCACUGGUACCUCCCAGGCCGACUGCGCUAUUCUCAUCAUUGCCUCCGGUACUGGUGAAUUCGAAGCCGGUAUCUCCAAGGAUGGCCAGACCCGUGAACACGCUCUUCUUGCUUUCACCCUCGGUGUUCGUCAGCUCAUUGUUGCCCUCAACAAGAUGGACACCUGCAAGUGGUCUCAGGAUCGUUACAACGAAAUCGUCAAGGAGACUUCCAACUUCAUCAAGAAGGUCGGAUACAACCCCAAGGCCGUUCCUUUCGUUCCUAUCUCCGGUUUCAACGGUGACAACAUGCUUGAGCCCUCCCCCAACUGCCCCUGGUACAAGGGUUGGGAGAAGGAGACUAAGGCCGGCAAGACCACUGGCAAGACCCUCCUCGAGGCCAUCGACGCCAUUGAGCCCCCUACCCGUCCCGCCAACAAGCCCCUCCGUCUUCCUCUCCAGGAUGUUUACAAGAUCGGUGGUAUUGGAACAGUGCCCGUCGGUCGUGUCGAAACCGGUACCAUCACCCCCGGUAUGGUCGUUACCUUCGCUCCCUCCAACGUCACCACUGAAGUCAAGAGUGUCGAAAUGCACCACCAGCAGCUCACUGCCGGUCAGCCCGGUGACAACGUUGGCUUCAACGUCAAGAACGUUUCCGUCAAGGAAAUCCGUCGUGGCAACGUCGCUGGUGACAGCAAGAACGACCCCCCCGCAGGCGCCGAGUCCUUCAACGCCCAGGUCAUCAUGCUUAACCACCCUGGCCAAGUGUCCGCUGGUUAUGCCCCAGUCCUAGACUGCCACACUGCCCACAUUGCUUGCAAGUUCUCCGAACUCCUUGAGAAGAUUGACCGCCGUACCGGAAAGUCUGUUGAGAACAGCCCCAAGUUCAUCAAGUCUGGUGACGCUGCCAUCGUCAAGAUGAUUCCUUCCAAGCCCAUGUGUGUUGAGCCUUUCACCGAGUAUCCUCCUCUCGGUCGUUUCGCUGUUCGCGAUAUGCGCCAAACUGUCGCUGUUGGUGUCAUCAAGUCCGUCGAGAAGGCCAAGGCUGGUGCCGGAAAGGUCACCAAGGCCGCCCAGAAGGUCGCCGGAAAGAAGUAAGCCGAUUGGUCGGAAACGAGCAUCAGCUACGGAUUAAGGGACGUUGCUAUGAAACCUUUCAUGACUUAAAAAUACCGAAUUAUGGAAUUAGACUUGAGCUAUGUAGUUAACCCUACACGAACUUGAUUCAAUAUUACUCUUUCAUUUGUCCAAAUCAAUUCUAAUACGUGAAGUAGUCGUAGAACUAUGUAAGGAAAUAUUAAACAAGGUUGGAAAGGUUCUGCUAAAUAGCUGAAACAUUGUGACGGGUCCGGCAGCAUCCACAUCAAUUAUACAUUUGCAGGCGGUCUCUUAAAAUUCGAUAUACAAGUUAGAUAUCAAGCAGUAGUCUAGAUGAGAAUCAUUGGCAGCUGUGUAUGAUUGUAAACACAUCCAGUUGUGAAAUAUACUAGGCAUAGAAGUUUUCGAGUAU